CUUAAAAAUAAUUAUAGAAUAAAAAGCGCAAGUAAGCCAAAGCCUAAAAUAAAUAUUCCUACCCUGGAGUAACUUUGGCGCAGUUUUUUUUACUUUUAUUGAAAUGAGUUUGGGCAUAUUUGUAUUUCUUACUUUUAAAUUUAUCGGACACGGAAGCAGGGCAUUGGAAAAAAACAGUGUCUGAACGGCAACGAGCCUGGUGCGGAAAUGGAAAAGCAGUUUUAUUUUUAUUUAUAAUUAUCUCUUUAUAAAUGUGGGGACAAAAGAGGGGCGACGAGGAUGAAGCGAGGCCAGCUUUUUUCUGCGGCUUAGAUGGAUGCAAUGGGUAAAGUAAUUUGGCAGGUUGCCUUUCUCGGUGAGCGUGCUCCUCAGGCAUGUUGCUCUGUGUCUGGUUUUAUUUUUGCGCAGUAGCGAUGCGCAUGCGCCAUGACGCCACAGCCCCUGCAUGAGCUUCGCUCUUGCAGCGCUUCCAUGUCUUCGAAAAACGAGCGUCGCCAGCGGUAGCGACCGCUUUUAUAUGAAAACAUAAACGCCCGAGCUUAACGCGUCGGCCUAGAGGCUGAGGAUCCUGGUUGGCUAUCGAAUAUAUACCCGCGCCGUGCCGCCGUGGAUAUAACUAUAAGCACAGGGGCCGCAUAUUUGCUAAAAUGACUCCCCCCGAUUUGGUUUCCGAAACGAAGUGGCUCCGUUGGACACUAAAAGUGCGCACGCCGCGGGCGCGCUGGCGAACAAGAAAAACCAAGCGGCCACCAAUUCUGCGACAGAGCUCGCUGCCUCUUACUGCGUUUGUUCCAGUCUACACACAGCAGGCUGGGGGUUGGCUCUAUUGUUUGCUUGUUUGCGUUUGGGUGAAACCGACGCGACUCAGUGGACAAAGAACGGACGCAAAUCUUCAGGAGACAAAAAUGGAAGCCCUGCAAGUUCUUCCGAUCGCAUUGAUUUCUAAAGAGCUUCGCGCUCGGGCCUAGUGGAGAACUAUGCGCCAAAGUUGGCGCGUCUGAUGCCGAAAAGAACAAAAGUCGAAAGCAAGCCGGCGAGGCUUUCUAGAGUUUCGGGGGGCCUUCUGCUACUCAGUCCAUUGUAGGUUUUGCGAGAAAUAAGUGGCAAAAACUGCAGCUCUGCGAGUCGGGGCUCCUUCAUCCUGUAGAAGAUAAGUCUUCAGACGGUUUGGACCGCGUCAAUUGAAUAGCAGCGGCUCUGUGUUGGUCAUGAAAAUGAACCCCGCCCACAGGCAUGCAACGCGAUCGCCGGAGAUGACGGCCGCGGGCGCCGUUCUAAAAUGGCACAAGACGGCGACGCGCGCAACAAUGUCAAAGUGGCGCGCAGGCGCCGCCCAUUUGUUAGGUCCCCCAUGGCACUCCCUGAGGUGAUUCACAUCCCCGGGCUUAUGCGCACGGCGGCCGGUCUUAAGAAAAAGGAUGCCAUCCAGUAGCCGCCGGCUGGACAGGGUUCGCGCCGAGUGUCUCCGGUUGGCAGUAAGCAAUUGGCGCAAAGCUCCCAAAAUUGAAGCCAACGGCACCGGAGUGCUCAGAAAUGACAGGGCGCAGAUCCGAGCAGGGCCCUGCUAGGGUAUUCCCUGUGCGGGUAGUCGAACCGUACCCCUGGGGGGGCAUUGCGUUGGCGGUGCCAGUUUGUCGGGGCCACGCGAACGCGCGUGGUGGAGGAAGUGCCAGCGGUCAACGGUCCAGCAUUGGAUAGGAUUGAAUCGCAUUCGACCCACCGGGGCCGCAGCCUAAUGGAGACGCCACUGCCGUGAUUCACCUGAGAAGAACGCCCCACGAAUAGGAAACUCGCGCCAUCGACGUGGGGUCGUAAGCGAAUUCAGGUUGAUGGGAUUCAUGAAGGAGGUGCCCUGAUUGCUGGGCAUCUCAGGCUUGGGGCACAUGCCUGCCUGCAUUGAGGGCAGAUUCCCAGCAAGGUGCCCACUGGGGCGCGGCGUGUUUUGCGUGUGCGAGUGCUCCCGAGGGCGCGCGGAAUGAGUGCUCUGAUGUUGCAAAUAAAUAGACGAAGCCGAAACGUUGCCACACUUCACAAACGACCAAAGACACCACCAGAACAGGCGAGCGCAAUAAAUUCAAACCCAAGCAGGGCGGAGCCGCCGUGUGAUCUAUCGCGAAGUGAAGACAUUGCAACUUCAAGGCUGUAGAUACUCUCUACCAAGCCAAAAACUUGGCAAAGACAGAGACUAUUUUGGAUUUCCGCCCCACAUGCACUUUUCAAGAAAUUCUUUACUUAAAGACUUUUCAAGAAAUUCUUUACUUAAAGCGAUCUACCACCCCAAAUUCUUUACUUAAAGACAGAGCUAUCUACCGCCCCACAUGCACUUUUCAAGAAAUUCUUUACUUAAAGCGAUAGGCUGUGCACUAACGUCCAAUAGCAAACACAUUGUAACGCGAGGCUAUAGAACUCAACUCAUAAAGAUCUGCGACGAAUGAGACAUACGAUGAAAGAGAGAUGAUAGAAAUGGAAUUGGAAAGAUGAAAUGACAGACAGACUGACAUGAGGGAG